GCGAGGUUUUUUCACGUGUGGAAGCAUUUACCAAGGCGUCCUUUCAUACUCUGUUUCUGUCAACCGGAAGGUACUGCUUAACUUUCCACAUAGCUAACGUUAACUAUGGCUGACAGAGACAACAGCGAUGAUGAGCAAGAAAAAACUAUUGAAGAUGAAGUUGUUGUCACUAAAUACAAAAUGUCUGGUGACAUGGCAAAUGCUAUCUUGAAGAAAUUGAUUGCUGAAUGUAAAGAUGGUGCAUCUGCACGUGCAAUUUGUACGUUAGGUGAUAAGCUUAUUUUGGAAGAAACUGGUAAAGUUUAUAAAAAAGAAAAAGAAUUAACAAAAGGUAUUGGUUUUCCAACGUGUAUUUCAGUCAAUAAUAUAAUUUGUCACUUUUCGCCACUUCUCAGUGAAGCAGAUAUAGUAUUAAAAGACGGCGAUUUAGUAAAAAUAGAUAUUGGUGUACAUAUUGAUGGUUUCAUUGCUUGUGUUGCACAUACAGUUGUUGUGGGAGCUUCAAAGGAAAAUAAAAUAACUGGUCGAAAAGCUGAUGUUCUGCUGGCUGCUUAUUAUGCUGCAGAAAUUGCUCAAAGACUAGUCAAACCUGGAAAUACAAAUACUCAGGUUACAGAAGCAGUCCAAAAAGUUGCAGAGGAAUUUAAAUGUAAACCUGUAGAAGGAAUGCUUUCACACCAAUUACAACAAAAUAUUAUUGAUGGCGAUAAAACCAUAAUUCAGAAUCCAAAUGAUGCACAAAGAAAGGACCACAAAAAAUGCGAAUUUGAAUUACAUGAAGUUUAUGGAGUUGAUGUGUUAAUAAGCACAGGUGAUGGCAAAGCAAAAGAGCGUGAAACGAGAACCACUGUUUAUAAGAGAACUGAUCUUCAAUACUUGCUCAAAUUAAAAGCAUCUAGAAAUUUUUACAGUGAGGUCUGCAACAAAUUUACUAUGAUGCCCUUUACGCUAAGAGCAUUUGAAGACGAAAAGAAAGCUAGGCUUGGUGUAGGUGAAUGCACCAACCAUGAGCUGAUUAUACCAUACCCAGUUUUAUAUGAAAAAGAUGGUGAAUACGUUGCACAGUUUAAAUUCACUGUUCUGUUAAUGCCAAAUGGCCCAUUAAGAAUAACACAUGGAAGCUGGGAUCCUGAAUCAAUACAAUCUGAACAUAGUAUAAAAGACGAAGACUUAAAGAAAAUAUUGAGCUCGCAAAUUAGCAAAAAAAGUCAAAAGAAGAAAAAAAAGAAGGCUGCCGCGCAAGCUAAAACAGAUAUGACGGAGAAAGAAAAAACGGACGGAACCGAAACUGCUACAACGCCAGUAGCUUCAUGAAAGAAUAGUUGUUUCGUAUAAAUAUUAUUUAUCAUAAAGGUGAUGAAAGUGUCGUAAAAUAAACCACUUCGUUCCGCCUUUUAGUAAAAGUUUAUCAAAUUGUAGGCAAUUCGUUUAGCGAGUAAUUCUGGCCCGGUUUUAAUUUUGUGUCAAACGCAAAAUUCGGUAAAAUUAUUUUCAAAGGUUUUAUAUAUUCUGACAUUUCAGACGUUGAUUAAGAAAAGCUUUAAAGUUUAAUAAAAUGACAAAUUUUGUUCACUUGAAAAAAAUUUAUUGGCCCUUUUAAACAUAUUUUCCUAUUUUCAUACAUUCUUUCCUUAUUUAAUAUUUCAUGCAGACGAAGUUUUUAAGAACCUUCUCUUUCGCUCACUUCAUUAUUUAUGUUGUAUUUUUGAGCGCAGGUUUUUAUUGUGAAGAUAAAAAAUAUUUUAUGAAGCAAAA